AUGGCUUCUGCAGCACCGAGGAAGAAAACCAUCGUGAUCGAGAAAGACUUGGACGAUCAUAUUGGCCUUGCAAAGGACAUCUCCGCGUCCUUCAAGACCGGACCCUCCUGGUGUGACGUCAUCAUUCUCGUCCAAGGCACCAAAUUCUACUCCUGUAAAGGCAUACUCGCUUCCGUCUCUCCCUAUUUUCGACAAUUAUUCACUACCGACUUCAAAGACGUCUCCGAGAGAGAGAUCAGGCUAGAAGGAUCCAGCAAGGUCGGAUUCAAUUCGGUUUGGGAUUAUAUACAUGGGACGCAAGUCGCAGUGGAAGGGGAAGAAGAAGCUAUUGCAACUCUUCUGGAUGCACAUUUUCUCGGGAUGAAACGUUUCUGUAAAAGAAUUAGCACGACCAUGAAGACAUUCAUGGAUUCGGAGAAUGCUUUUCGUAUCCUCAAGAUUGCGGAGGAAUACGGGUACCAAGACUUGCGAGAGGCUGCCGUCGAAUUCAUUUCUGGCUCUUUCAGCAAAGUCGUGGGAACGAGUGAAUUCAUCAGUAUCUCCUUCGAGACUCUGUCUUCAUUCUUGAAUCGAGACGAUCUGGGAGUUUCCUCGGAGAAGGAAGUGUACGAUGCGGCACGGAAAUGGCUGCAUCACGAUUCGAGUCGGAAACGCCAUUUACCGGAUCUCCUGGACAAAAUCCGUCUCCCACUCCUUCCGUACGAAUACCUAAAAUCAGUGUUACUCAAAGACCCGAUCAUGUACGGAGAUGCUCGAUGCCUCGGUGCCAUCACGGACGCGAGGGACUACCAUGUUCCGGAGCUCCGUCAUACCGUUCCUAAGGAGAAAACUCGACAUCGAACGACGCUCGAUUCUAUUUGGAGCAUGAACUUCGACGGGAAGAUCUACCGCAUGAAUCCUCAUAAUUGGGAAUUGGAUGAAAUCACGGACUAUCCUUUGAGUGUUUAUUAUGCCUUUGCAGGAAUAGACAGGAAAAUGUAUGUGACAGAGGAGGGUCAUAUGAAGAUGUUUGACCUCGAGAAGAGGGAAUGGAAGGAAGGGCCCAAGCCACCGGAGUAUCUUAAAUGCGCGGCGACUGCAGUUUCCUCCGGAUCCAUAUUCAUCUGCGGUGGGAGCAAUCAAAAGAAUAAAGUUCAAAAAAGUGUAUUUCGUUUCUCGGGGGAAUGGAUACGACUCAGUGAUAUGAAGUAUGAAAGGAGUUCGCUAGGAGCGUGUUAUGAGGACUCUUGCCUCCACGUCAUUGGAGGAAUGCCAAACAGUGAUAAACAUGAGCGUUUGGAUCUCCGUACGUCUCGAAGAACUGGCUCCCCUCCCGGUAGAAAGAUUCAACCAUGCCGUCUCACCUCACCAAGAUCACCUUCUCUAGGAUGGGGGAUUUCGAAAUAA